AUGUAUGCCGUGGCAUUGUUGACGGGCACUUUGAUCGCACUGGCCGGCGCUCGCAUCUACGACCGCUGUGAACUGGCGCGCGACCUCCUCAGGCUGGGAGUACCGAGGGAGCAGGUACCCACGUGGGUGUGCAUCGCCUUCCACGAGUCCCGGUACGAUACGAGGGCGAGGAACCCGAACAGCGGCGACCACGGGCUGCUGCAGAUAAGCGAGGUGUACUGGUGUGGGCCAGGGAAGGCCUGCGGACUGCCCUGUUCAGCUCUCAGAGACGAUGACAUCGCGGACGAUGUGCGCUGCGCUCUACAGAUAUACAAGGAGCACACGAGACUACAAGGGGACGGAUUCAUGGCCUGGGUAGUGUACCCGCAUUACUGCAGGAGCAACCCAAAGAAGUACAUAGUGGACUGUGAUCACUCCGUUAAAAGUUAUUCAGAGAAGAUCGAUGACAACCCGCGGCGCGCUAAAACGGAUUUCCUCAAUUUCACGUCGCCCCCGUUUGUUGACACAAGUUACGACAACCGACCAUUACCGAACUACUUGAGUAUAAAUUCCUUGUUUCAAGGAAACUAUUUCGAAGAAUUUGAACGAGAAUAUUAUAACAAUAAUAAGCGUCCCUUCAACUGGGUUAACUUUAAAAUAGAUAAUAUAGAUGACCUAAAGCUACCGGUAACAAACAGAAAGGGUCGCGUCGAGUUCGUCACGGCGCCCACAGCGACUACAUACACUACUACAACCACUGCCAGAACAACAACAACACUUGAACCCGCGUUGAGAGGAAUCAAACCUCCAUCACCACGGAGGAUAGAGUCGAACCAGUUCCGCAGAAGAAAGAUGAAGCUAGAAGAGAUGACACCUAAAACUGAUUCCCAAACCGAGCUUACCACGACGACUAUACGAACGACUUCUUCAUCAACUACUAUCUCUCCAGAAAUAACGAAAACCUUUGAACAACAUUUUGAUUCUCGUUAUUAUUACUCUUCUAGUACAUCACCAACAACAACUAGUUCAACAACGGUGAUGCCAAUAGUUGAUGAUAAAAAGACCACUUCUAAGGACGUGUCACCGACUUAUUAUUAUGAACAUUACUCUCCUCUAACGACUACAGUGAAACCUUCUACUGGAGUGACUUCACGGACGACGAGUGAAAUUAAGAGCGAAAGAACUAACGCUGUUACACAAAGUACAACCACACAAACACCCGAAACAACUAGUGCCACUGUAUCUAGAAGAGGAGGGUCCCGAGGGUUUAGGUUCUAUUCAUCUCCCACUGCAUCGACGAAUACAACCACACAAGUUAUAUCAAGAAACGACUCAGAAGGAAAUAAAGCCCGAAGAAUCGAAAUCACUACGAAGAGACCUGAAUUUACGUUUCCUAGUUGGGCUUUCAAGAAACAAACUACUGUUAACAAUAACUUAAACGCGAGUCAAAAUUUUCAAUUAAAUAACAAUAAUAACAGCUCAGUAUACUUGUCAAAAAUAAGCACAAGUCCGCCGUUUAAAAUUGAUAUUAAAGAAAAUAAAAAUGACAGCAGCACUGAAAAGACAAGUAAAGUUGAAGAAAGUGUAACAAAUAAAUCAAACAGUAGUGUGUCGUCAAGAGCGGUGUCAGAGGCGGUGACCAGUGAGCCGUCUGUAACGAAACCACAGUUCUCAUCAAGGGGAAAAUCUCGUUACAGUCAACCGACGACUGAGAGACCUAUAUUCGGUUCCCCAAGUUCGCUCGCCACAACUCCGCAAACAACGAAACUUUCCUCCGUCGCAUCUGAGACGCGCUCGACACAGUCCAUAUUUGACUUGUACUUGAAACCAACCAAGCGGCCGACCUUUCAACCUUUCAGCUUCACUCCGUUCAGAACAAACCCUCACAGACUGAGCAUAUUUUCAGGUGGAACGACCCCCCUGCCGCCGAGCGCAUUUUUAAUUCUUUCUUACCCUCACUUCCUGUACGCGGACUUCACUUAUAGGAAUGGAGUCAUAGGAAUGAAGCCGUUUGAAGAACAACACAGGAUCUUUGUUGAUUUGGAACCAAACACGGGAACUGUCAUCAGAGGGAUGAAGCGGGCUCAGUUCAACGUGUUCAUGAGACCAGUAACAGGUAUAAGCAGUACUCAGAACCUUAGGACCACGCUCAUGCCGAUAUUCUGGGUGGAGGAGGGUAUGCAGUUGCCUGAAGACUACGUAGACCUGUUAACAACUCGUAUGUUGAACCGACUGCGUCUCGUUGACAUCUUGAUCCCGGUGCUGAUAACGCUCUGCGCCCUCGUCGCCGUGCUGGGAGUGAUCAUCCUCAUACGAGUCAGAUACGUGAAGAGAAACAUCAAGAAUAAUAAAUCAUCCUCCUCAAUCACCCCCACUAGUAAUACGGUUGACAAUUAG